CCUUUGAAGCCAUUGGAUCUUCCCAAGAUCCUUCUUGAACAUCAAUUUGCCCUUUCAGAUCAAGGUUGGACGACCAUAACCUACGAUGACCCCUCGGAUAGUCUCUACAACAGCUCGCAAGCGCUCUUCGAGGCCAGCAGGAGGUUCUUUGACCUCCCGGACUCCUACAAGCAGGGGUUCAAGACGGAAGGGGGAAGUGAAGAAGGCUGGAGCCGGGUCGAGGGAGAAAAGGAAUUCAUUACUCUUCGGAGUCUCGAUUCAACGCCUGCAGAGCUGAAGGAUGCCGCGGUGGCCUUCUGGAGCGAGGCUGGAGGACUCCUGAACCAGUUAUUGGGAUGCAUAGCCAAGAGUCUGGGCUUGCCUGCCGAGGCAUUAACCGUCUACUCUCAGCCUUGCGCCGAAUUACGCCCCGAAAAGACCGCAACUCUCUUGCGGCUAUUCAGGUACGAGGGGUUCGAGGGAAACCAAGCCAAGACUGUCGCUGAACCUCAUAGAGACCUCGGUCUACUCAGCCUUGUCAUCGGCGACACACCGGGACUGGAAGUCUGGGACCGCCACGCUCGGAGAUGGUUCCCGAUUGAACAGACCUACUAUUGUCCAGCCGGCAGUCUUCUUGUUGGUCGACAACUCCAACGUUUGACCAACGGCCGAUAUACAGCUGGGGGUCACCUAGUCCGCUCAUAUCCAGAUCCUCCCUCUCAACCCAAACAACCCAACGAGUUUACCCGUCGGAACUACCGAUAUUCCAUCGUCUUCGUCCUGCGAGCCCAUUCACCGGUCCUAGUCAAUACCGAUAAUUUGACGACUCCAAUCACAGGCCAAUUCCAAAGUCCGCUCAGGAAUAUCGAAGCGCACGAACUGUUUACUGAAAUUAAAAAAGCUCAUAUCAAUAUCAACACCGGCAUCGAGGAGAGGAACGAGCAGAGGCAGAAACUCGUGGAAAAG